AUGGCCGACCACCACGACGAGCUCCAGCCCGAGGCGACCGCGGGGUUCAAGGUUGCCGAGUCCAAGACCAUUGACGAGUACCACAAGCUAGACCAGAACGACGAGUCCCUUAAGAAGUGGAAAGAGUCACUUGGCAUCGGAUCCGGCAACUCCAUCUCCAACCCCAACGACCCCCGCAAAUGCAUUAUCCUUUCCCUCGGUCUGGAAGUCGAAGGCCGCCCAGACAUAAUCAUCGACCUGAAAGCCCCCGGUGCCAUCGAGGCACUCAAGGAUAAGCCUUUCUCUAUCAAGGAGGGCGCCGACUUUCGGAUGAAGGCUACCUUCCAGGUGCAGCACCAGAUCCUCUCGGGCAUGAAAUAUCUCCAGGUCGUCAAGCGGAAGGGCAUAACGGUCAAUAAGCUGCAGGAGAUGAUUGGUUCUUUCAGCCCGAACACUGAGGACAAGCCAAUUUGGGAGAAGAAGUUCGAGACAGAGAGUGCUCCCAGCGGCAUGCUUGCCCGUGGCCACUACACCGCCAUGUCCAAGUUCGUCGACGACGACAACGAGACGCAUCUGAAGUUUGAGUGGGCCUUUGACAUCAAGAAAGACUGGUAGGGCCCUGUGAUUGAUGGUCUGCGGCACUUUGGGCCGAUCCAGAAGAGCGAAUGUGGACGUGACUAUGAGAGAUGAGCUGAUAUUCAUGUGGGAGGUUUGAGGGUCAAUACCGGUGUUCUGGUUGAGGGGUUUACUUCAUAAAACGGCUGUUGGUUACGGCACAGGUUGGACUAUAUGGUGGCGAGUAGAGGCAGAGCGAGAUUCGAAUCAAUGGGCUUUACACGGCAUUUGAAUGAAUUCCAGAUAC